GGCUACCUGUUGCUCACGUGACCGAUGUUUGAACAGGCUUAAAGCCAGCAUCAAAAUAAGAAUAUCUUGAAUGACAGGAAAAUGGCAUGACUAGGCGAUGACACAACCCAGACUUCAGGUACCGGAGACGCUGCUGGAGAGAGGUGCCGCCGUCUUGUCAGGCGGCACUGACGGCCUCGGCGUGCCCCUGGUCAGCAUCAAGUGUGGCGAGCUGGAACACUGUGAGCUGGUGGCCCUGUUGCUCCACUACCUCAGCAUGGUAACGUCACAGACGUCCCCGUCAGUCGCCUGCCUCAUAGACCUGCACAACGCCACCAAGGGGGAUGUCACAACCUUUGUCGAGUCCAUACAGACAGUUGAGCAUCGGAAGAGAGGCCGGAUAGCUGCCGUGUACUGUGUGAAACCCAAGUCCAAGGACAGGUCACGACAGCUGAAGAAGCUCCUCGGACUGAAACCCAGCAAAAAGUUCACUAAUGUGUCUAUAUUUAAGGUGAUCCUGGUGAAGACUGUGCGUGAACUCAUCACCUACAUCGACCCAAGUAACCUCACAGGGGAGUUCGGGGGGUCACUGCACUACAAUCACCAAGCAUGGCUUUAUUUCCACAAUACUAUAAUGCCAGGCCUGCAGGCCAGUGAUGAUCUGCUCCUGAAGCUGCCUGCCAUCAAGGACCGGAUGGAGCUGUUGCAGGACUACGACCUGGCAGACAAACCCUCCGACCAGCUGCUGCGACUCAGGCAGGAACAGCUGCAGCAGUAUCAAGCCAUACUCAAGGAGAUUCGCCUUGAUGACACAAUCGAGCAGUGCAAGCAGGCCCUGUACCUCCUGGAGAACCCCGAGACGCAUGGACUGCUCGCUCAGGUGCACAUGACCACACUGCGCAGUGCUGAGAGUCGUCUGCGCGAGAGUUAUCGUCUGCUCACAGACGACCAGAAGGAACUCGGGGAACUGUGGGCAGCAGCUGAGAACAGGAUAGACGUAACCCACCAGGUCCAGAAGUGUCGGGAGAGGUCUACGACGAUCCACCACUCUAUAGUGAAGAAGUACAAGCCACAGCUUCAGGACCACCCAGCCAUCGGGAAGACCCUCAGCCAGGCGGAACUCUACAGGACGCACUUCACCACCUCGCUGUAUGAACCCGCAAAGGACCUCUUGACCCAAGCCACAGAGACCCUGCAGAAGCUGCGACGCUUGGCGGAAGAAAACGCGCAAGUUGUCUGCGACAUUAGUGACGUCACACAGCAAUUGACUGAUGUCAUCAGCCCAUUCGCCGAGGACCUGCAGAGACUCCAAGAUAUUUACAUGUCUGUCCAUGUCUUUCUCCUUCUGUAUGAAAAGUCAGUCCACUGGUACAAGAAGGUCCUGAAGUUCCUCCCUGACAGUCUCAAAGAGAGAGUUGAUCCCAUGUCCCCCAACAGACUGAUUCACACACCACCCGAAUGGAGGCAGGCCGUCAUCAGCUUCCUCAACAAGCACCCCCCUCCCCGCGAGGAGCACAUCCUCAAACUGGACUCGGACAUACCACAUCGGGUGGACAGGGGACUCAAGCAGAAGGCACAUUCCCUGGCUCUCAGGGUAAGGUUUCUUCAACGACUGCUGAAAAGCAGACGACUUCCGACCAAACUGGUAACAGCCGCGUUUGAGUGGAAAGAAGAAACAAUGGGCCCAGGCAGCCCAAUGAGCAAACCACGCCAAGCCAAGCCGAAACUGUACACGAAGAACACCAGUAAACACAGCAGUAUGCCCAGAACCACAUCCGAUGGGAAACCCAUUAAACCGAAAAGGUAUAGAUCCGACCAUACGAAAACACUGCCAGGCACGACCCACGACAAAUCACACAAGAAACAUGGUCCGAAAGACAGCAGUAAUGCUAGGUUGACAUUGCAUUCGGAAAAUUUCAUUCUCCGGAAGUCAGGAGUAGAGGAACCCAACGGGUUUCAGGAUGAAGGUAAAGAGCUGUUUGUGCGCGUGACAUUUACGCCAGAUGACCCAGAUAAAGCGGUGCAGCAUUUUACGUUUGAUCAAAAUGAUGUGAAAUCUAGUCAGUAUUUCCCAGAGGGCCAAAUUCCACCUGUCCAGGACAUGACCGGUUCUGAGUCCGGCAUAGACGUAGUGGAGAAUGACGAUCCUUACGAUUCGAUAGUGAACCGAAUUCGGGAGGUAUCAGUUAGCAAACUUCCCAGUGAGCUUAAAUUGAAGUAUGUCACAGAUCUUCUUCACGUCAGUUUAAAAAGAGCUUCAGCCAAUGGGACCAAAUCACAAAUGCUGGAUUUUCAGAACAGUAACGUCUUUGCUUCGAAAACGAGCCACGGGAGAAAUCUGUCUAGAUCCGUAGGGAAUUUAACUGAUCCGGUGUUUUAUUCUUCACGGGAUAAAUCUCUGUACAGUUUUGAUGACAAUACGACAGAGCAGAGACGCUUCGAGGAACACUAUCGAGACUUGAGGAACGGUUUGGACUUGGAUGAUAUUGGUGUUGUGCUGGGUGCUAUGAGUGAUGAUGAACAUUAUCAUCGAGGCAAUCUAAGGGGUUCCAGGUCAAUGAAUGACCUUUACGGUUCCCGUUUGGAUUUACGACAGUCAGUCUCGGACAUGAGUUGCCAUCACGAUUCGAUGACGUCACUUACAGAUUUGGACGACUCGGCAGACGACGGCGGGUCCGAGUCGACGAGUCUGCAGUUUGAUUUUGUGAGGCUAAAACGAUGUCAGGAGGAUAGGGUUGCAGAGGAAGGUCAGCUUGUCAGAGAACAGGGCCGUUAUGAAGAUAUUCAGUUGGAUGCGGAGGCCUUGGCCCAGGACGAGGUCGAGGCUAGUCUCAGAAGGUCGGCUUUGAUCCUUGAUCAGGAGGAGGUUGCCCUAUCUCUAAAAGAAGACUGCCUCUCCGUGGAUUUCUCAACUGAUCAUGAUCUUCCUGCUCUGAACCGCUUUGAGAAGCAUGCGUCUACCGACCUAGGCUAUGACAGUACCGCCAGUCAGCCGGUCACAAGCCACGGGUCAAACACCUCCACCCUGCAAGUCCGUGGGAGGCCAGAUGGGCCACCUCUACCUCGCGGUCCAUUCAAUGGCCCAGACUAUUUCUGAUCAAGUUCCUCCCCACAUGUAAUGUUGUUCAAGUCUUAUCAAGUUCUUCCCUUCGUCUGAUGUUACUGAAGUCGUCAAGUUCUUCCCUACAUGAGAUGUUACAGAGGACCAACUAUAAAAACCUCUUGGUGAUGUUAAAGAAGUCAAGUUCAACUCUACAUCUGUGUCCCAAUCCACAAAGCGAUCUUGUUGCUUUAAUAAUAGUAAAUCUCUGCGAAAGAAUUUGGCUGUCAUAACCCUGUGUGGAACUGGGUCUUAAUGUCCUGCAGUCUUCGAUUCCUUCCCUACACUCACUGGUGGUCCAUGUAUGGUGAUCCUGGGUCUUAAUAAACUUAAUGUUUCUAGGCUGGUCCUAGGGAUGAGAUGGAGCUGUAGUGCUAUUGCUCCUGGGGGGAUUCAUGAAAUGUAAUUGAUUUGUUGAUCUGUUGAUAAAAUGUUGAUAACAUUUGAAAUGUUUCCAAGGCAGCAACUAUAUGUUAAAAUAUGAGCAUUUAAUAUUGUAUGUUUUUAUAUCUAUUAUUGACCAUGGUCUUUUGUUACUUUUGAGUUACGUGACUGUUUAACUACAUUCAAAUAACAUUCUAUUUGAGGUGAAGGUUUGUAAAGAUUUGAUAUAGGUCCUUUUGUCUUACUGCUGAAUAUGAAAAUUGUACAUAUAUUGCCCGUAAAACUAUAGAAUGAAUUGAUGCAUUUUGUCUUAUUACAAAUGAAACAAGUUGAAAUA